AUGGUUGGGAACGAACCGAGGUUCCCGAGAUAUUGCCGGCGCAAAGGACCGGGAAACAAAGAUGCGAUAGCACCUCGAUCACUCUUCCCCUCCCAGCCGGUGGUUGCAUACGCUCUUUUUUCAAAAAAUCUCAAGACGAUUAAAACCCAAAAAUGGCUGACGCCGCAUCCCUCCCCCGCAACAAUCGCUCACUUCCGCAACCACCAAUGGGCCAAUUCCCUCCUCUCCUCCGAGGACUACACCCCAAUCCCAACAGACUCCCGCCGAGCCAAACCCAGCGGUGAAGACGGAUUCUUCGGCGCAACGAUAGCUACCCCGUCUACCAUCCCGCACGUCCUCACCCUCCAACGCCGCACUCUCAACAUCCCACUGUCCACACCACCCACUUGGCUCCCCGCAACGAAGCAGGAUGCCGCCGCCGCAUCGGGCACCCCCACGCCCGGCGCCAAUCCCGCGGAUAUCAUAAUGAUCUAUGAUCUGGGCGGAUCGGGGAUCGCGGGACACCCGUCUACCGUGCAUGGGGGCGUUGUCGCGACCCUGAUCGACGAGGCUAUGUCGUUGGCUGUGGCGGCGCAUGCUUCGGCGCCGGUGCAGACGGCUUCGGGCCCUGUUGAUAAGAAUCCGAGGGGAAAGACGUUUACGGUGCAGUUGGAUGUGCGGUAUAAGAAGCCUGUGACUACGCCGCAGGUUUUGGUUGUGAGGGCGAGGGUUGUCGCGCGUGUUGGGAGGAAGUAUUGGGUUAGGGCGCAGGCUGUGCAGGAGGAUGAGGCGGGUGCCGGGGGUCAUUUGGAGUGGGCGAAGAGGAAGGUUGUUAAGAUUGAUGCUAUGGCUUUUUGGAUUGUUACGUCUGAGCAGAAGUUGUAG